AUCAACUACGAUCCAGAUGAUCACACAUAUCUUCAACAUACCCUCGUCCCGUGUCGCUCCCGCGGGCGGCAGCGGGGCGAAACCCUAGCCGCCGCCGCUCGGGCCCCUCCUCACCUCCAUCUCGCCGCCGCUGCCGCCGGCCUCCUCUGUCGCGGUGGCGGCGGGCCCCACUCCUCGAAGGGCAGUGGGGGUUUCUUUGCGGCGGAGGCGCCCUCGGGCGGACGGGAGCGCGGAGGUCGGGACGGAGGCCCCGGGCGGCUUGAUGGCGGCGUCCUCGGCGACGUGGGCUCCGGAAGGCGGAGGCGACGGCGGGAUCUGGCGCUGGCGUGCGUGCUUGCCAGGCGCGGCGGCAGGAGCGGGGAUCCGGUGGUGGCCGGAGUUGGGGCCGCGGGGAUUCAGCGAUGACCGGCGCAGUGGUCGCGCCGCUUCUGCUGCUGGCCGGCGGUGGUGAGGCUUCGUUGCCGGCGGCCAGCCUGGUCGGCCUUGAUGGCGGACGCCGGGGGUUUCCGGGGAGGUGUCUCUGGCUGCUGAUCUGGUGCAGUCGGGGCGUCUGCCUGCCCCGUGCGAGGCGAGGCGUCGGCAUGCGGGCCUCUGGCCGGCGUGGCUGUCACGGUGGAUGCCAGGACGGCGAUUCCGGGAAGGGGCCAUGGUUUUCCGGGCAGUGGAUAUGGCGUGCUGGGCGCGGAUUUUGCUUUGGCAAGCGAUGGCGGCGGCCUCGGAAGGGGGUGAAGACGGUCGUCGGUUUGUCUAAAGCGUUGGAAACGCCGGGCUCUUGAGGCGCGCCUCACCUCCUCCUGUGUCGGGGCGGCCCAAAUCUGCUCUUCCCAUAGCGGUUUCGGUUUCUCACCCAUUCGGCGGGCGGCGGUGCGUGCGGUGUGGUGGUGCGGUGCUCUGUCGAUGCUUCUUCCAUGCUCCUUGGAGCCUGUCGAGGUCCUACCGCCCCUCCCUGGUGGGUCACGCCGGAUCUGGCUUGCUCAAUGGAGAACCGUUGUGUUUUCUGUGGCGGGGUUCUUCUUCAGUUGCUCCGUUGGUGGGUUGGCGUGUAGGUGGUGCGUUUGUCUUUCGGUUUGGUCCUUCCGUUGAUCGUUAGGAGCUUCGUUACCUUUAUAUCUGAUUUUUGUCCGAUUUUUUCUAAUUAACUGAACGAUUUUAUUUAUUAUGUAAUGAAACGGAGGAACACCCUGCCUUUAAGGUGCGCUAAAAAAACUACGGUCCAGAUUUCAAUUUCCUCCAUUCCACCGUCUUCGCCACCGGCCACCGACCACCGCCCCAAACCCAAACCCCCAAUUCCGCCCCCAGCGAAACGAGCGCCACCGCCAUGGAACCCAGCCGCGGCAAGCUACCAACCCUCCCUGAAGACGUCAUCGAGGACAUCUUCCUCCGUCUCCCGCCCGACGAACCAGCGUGCCUCCUCCGCGCCUCCCUCGCCAGCAAGAAAUGGAGCGAAGUCGUCUCCUCCCGCGGAUUCCGCGACCGCCUCCUCGCUCUCCACCGGACCCGGACACCCCCCGUGCUUGGCGUCCUCCACGGCAACGACUGGGACAACAACGUCCCCCGCUUCAUCCACACAACCGCGUCGCCCUUCUCCCUCGCCGCCCCGGACUACCGAUCCUGGCGGGCCCUGGAUUGCCGCCACGGCCGCGCCCUCUUCCUCUCCGAUGAGGGCCAGGUCCCUCCACAGCUCCUCGUUUGGGAGCCAAUCACGGGCACCCAGCAGCGCGUACCUGUACCCGUGCCUGCAGCGUACAGGAGCGGGCACUCCAACGCGGCCGUGUUCUGUGCAGCGGACGGGUGCGACCACCACGACUGCCUCGGGGGUCCUUUCCGCGUGGCCUUCGUCUUCGGCCUCGUGCUGCGCAAGUGGGAUCUCUCGACGGCCAGCACGUCGGCGAGGGUAUAUUCGUCGGAGACCGGCACCUGGGGCCAACGGACCGUGAUGCACGACGAGUACGGCUACUAUUCAUCACACAUUUCCAGCGUGCUCGUUGGGAGAUCUCUGCUCUACUUCUCGUCGGACCAAGGGACUAUCCUGGAGUACGACGUGGCUAGGCACGCCCUGGCUUCGCUCGACCUACCAGAUCCUGAGUUGGAAUAUAACCUCAUGCUGACGGUGGACGGUGGACUGGGAGUUAUCUGUGAAUCCUACAAGUCAGAACUCAAAGUGUGGUCAUGGCAGGAGGCGAUUGAUGGCAGUGAUACAGAGUCAUCGGAGGAGGCAAGUGAUGGCGCUGGUACAGGAUGGGUAGUGAACCGGGUCAUCUGCUUGGACAAGUUGCUACCAAACGGUGCUCUACAAGAACCAGUGGUUGUGUUGGGAUUUGCUGAGGGAGCAGAUGUCAUUUUCGUGCUCACGGAUGCUGGCCUCUUCACAAUCGACCUACAGUCCGAAGUGGUGAGGAAGGUUACUGGCCAGUUCACAAUCAACGAUGGCCUCUGUAAUUUGCUUCCAGUUGUCAGCUUCUACACUCCUGUGCCCCGACGUGAGCACCAUGGCCUGCCGUCAUCGAACCUUGGUGAGGACAGAGCAGGGGAGGAACAGAAAGUAGCAGAGCAGGUGCACCAGCUGUUCGAUAAGGGGGUCCAAUGCUUUAAAGGAGGGGGACUUUGACAGCGCUGGCAUCAGCCACACCGUCGACCUCGAGACCAGGGUUCAAAGUUACGGAAAAGUUGCUCCUGAGCGUGCUAGCACGUUCGAUAAAUAUGAAUAUAGUGUGCCUUCCCAUACAAAGCUCAAGAGGUGAUUGAUCCUUUGGGUGAUGUUCCCAGGAGUGCACCAAAUGAAGAAUCAGUGAAGGGCACAACUAGCAAAGAUUAUGCUGGGAACUCAAAGACCUCUGAUAGCAAUGUUGAGGAUGCUGCUCCACUUUGGGAGGAAGGUGAUUCUCAAGAAGGUAUAGAUCAGUCUGUCGUCAUUUGUUCCAGCAAGAGGCAUCUUCCUCGGUGAUGAACUGCACGAGCCCGGGGUUGGCCACGACAUCCUCUGGUACAGAAACUGGUAGGAAUGGCAGUAGGACAAUAUUACCAAUCCAUGUCUCCGGUAGCGAAGGGUAGAGCUUGAUCUGUAGGUUGAUGGUUGCUGUAUGCACCUGGAUGUAAAGAUACUGCCAGACACAACUCUAUGAUGCAAAACAGCAGAGUGGGGAUUAAAUGUUUGUAACUGCUACGAGAUCAUGAGUGCUCAA